AAUGACUGAAGAAAAUAAGUAUGAUGGUCUAUUUAUGACAAUUAUGUAAUAAACAAAAGAUAUUAAUGUAUUCUUUGAUGCAGCAUUUGGAUUUUUAAGGUAAUUUAUUUUCUAUUUAUUAAAGACGUCACACAGACUUCUUUUUAGAUUAAAAAUAAGCAGAAAAAGUCAUCACUGAAUCUUGUGCUAAAAACUUCCUUAAAUUUUAAUCAGAAAAAGUUGAUAAAGACAAGAAGGAAGAGUAAAGAAGAUAAAGAGAAGAGUAAAGAAAAAAAGAAAAAGAAGCUGCUGAAAAGGCUAAGAAAGAAGCUGAAAUGCUUCAAUAACAAUAAUUAUUACAAUAAUAACAAGAAAAAUUAGAAUAACAAAAAAAAUAAUAAUAAUAAUAAUAAUAAUAAUAAUAAUUAUUAUUAUAAUAAGAACCAAUAGAUCCAUCAGUUCCUAUAUACUAACCAGUUUUGAAAGUGCCAGAGUAAAAACCAAAAGAACCUGAAAAGAAGGAAGGCGAAGGAGAAGCAAAAGACGGAGAAAAAAAAGAUGAUAACGAGAAACCCCCUGUAGGCAAUGGUGGAAGAACAGAAAGAUAUAUUUGGACCUAAACCCUUGAAGAAGUUUAAGUUUAUAUUCCUAUACCGUCUUCUGUUACUAGUAAAUAACUGAUUGUGAAAAUUGAAUCAAGUUCAUUAUUAGUUGGACUAAAAGGUAUUCAUUUAAAUAUAAUCUACUUUUAGGCUAACCUCCUAUUGUAAAUGGAUAGCUAUUUGAAAAAAUUCAAUCUGAUGAAUCAACUUGGUUAUUAACUGAUGGUGAAAUUUAGGAUUAUAAAGGAAAGUAUAUUCACAUUUCUAUAACUAAAUACUCAGGUUAAAUGAAUUGGUGGUCAUGUGUAAUUAAAGGUAGUUAUAUUUAUUAAAACUAGGUGAUCUUGAAAUCAAUACUCAGAAGAUCAGUCCAGAACCAUCAUAAUUGUCAGAUUUGGAUGGAGAUACCAGAGGAACAGUUGAAAAAAUGAUGUUUGAUAUGAGACAAAAAUAAAUGGGUUUACCUACUAGUGAAGAACUUGAAAAGAAGAAUAAAUUAGCAGAAUUUAUGAAAGCUCAUCCUGAAAUGGAUUUUUCAAAGUGCAAAUUCAAUUGAG